GUGUUGUAAAGAAUCGCAAUAUAUUAUUAAUGUCCUAUGUGCAUAAUUUGUAAUUGUUUAAUUCAAGUGCUACAAAAUGUGGAUAACUAAUUCUGUGCUAGGAAAAGGCAUUUUCCUCGUAGUUUGUAGUAUUUUAGUGUCAGUAUAUACCCAAGAAAAUACACAGAAAAGAGUGCCCGCUUCUUUGGUAGAAUGUUACACAAAUCCCAAACUUCUGGAUCGAGACAACAGACUGCCUGCAACUUUAACAACACUGAUAGAUCUUAUAAGAAAAGUUGAAAGUGAUAAACAAACCAGGCUCAGUUUGAGAGAACUUGUACUAGGAUUAUUAUAUAGAUUCAAAGUAGACGGUAUCAAAAAAGCCGAAGGUGUUGCUCCUUCCAGUGCUGUAAUUCCUUUCAGUACAACAGGCCAGCAGUUUGAGAAACAUGCUCUGAUUUUUUCAAGACUUCUCCCAAAUAGUGGCAAGCCUUUUCCUAAUAAUACUCUCACUGACAUAGAAAGGUGUUCCUUACAUUUUAUGCUCUCGUCAUCUAUUGAAACAGAAGUUCGAGGAGAUGAAGGUUCCAGAUGUGGACAACUUGCUCCCUAUAGAUCGAUAAGAAUUCCACGAAAAGUAUCAAGCAGCAAUCGCCACUCUCGAGAAAAUAUCGAAUACGAGGAAUUUGGAAAUAAUAAUCAAAUUAGUCAAUGUCCUGUUGAAUCUGGUGUCAUAAGAACAAAGUGGGGUUCAGUUUCUGCUGGUGUUUUGCUCUCGGGAAUAGCAGCUGGUUUGGAAAGGCAGCAGGUUACGGUUAGAAAUGUGUUAGCAGCUUCCUCGAACCCAAAUGCUCGGAAUGGAGCAGGAAAUCCUACAGUAAUUACUGCAACGUCAAUCGAUAAUUUAUUAGCAGCGACCUUAGUCGUGUUGUAG